AUGCAAACCGAGCCGGGCUCCUGCGCGGCGCCGCCCGGCCCGGCUCCCCCCCAGCCUCGUUCCCUGCCUCCCGCUCGCCGCUGGGCGCCCGCGGGGCUCGGCCCGGGGGUCGGAGCCCCCUCCCCGCCGCCCCCGCUCCGAGAGCCGCCGUUCCCCGCCGCCCCCCCGGCCGCGGAGCCUCCCCCGGCCGUCCCCGCAGCAGCGGCUGCCCAGGCCCAGCGCACCCCCUCGGACCCCCCCACGCCCGGAGGGGCCUCGGCCCCCCUGACACCCCCAAGCGAGGCGGCGCGGGGGCUUCUCCCCGCCGAGCCCGGGGUUCCCCCCUCCCCUCGCCGUGCUACCGCCGGUCUCCCCCCUCAGCGCACUCCCCCCGCAGCGCUGCCCCCCCCCCGGGCAGAGCCCCCCGCUCCGGGCCGGGCGCCGGGGCCGCCCCUACCUGUGGCUGCAGCAUCCCCGUCCCCCCGCCGCCCUCGCUCCGCCGCCUGCCUGGCUCUUUGUUUCCUGCCGCGGGCCGGACGGGAGAGCGGCUCCCCCCCGCCUCCUCCUCACACUCAUUGA